GUGACUCAGCACGACGUCCUCAGCAAACGUCCUCUACGCGUUUUAACUGCUGGCCAUCAGUACUUGACCCAGCUAACGCUUCGGCCCAGCCCUCGGUCGACUAUAGUCUGUCCCAGCGACGAGCUAUGGUACCGUCUAUCUCUGUGUGACGAUGCGUUGUCGCUACCGACUCAGCCAACCCUCUGCUGGGUAUAAAACGCGAUGGUAGGCAUCUCACCCUGGCUCAUUCUGCAGUUACACCCCAGCCAGCGACGUCAUCUCCACCAUCGAAUUCGCCAACAUGAGCUCCGACAAACAGAUCACCCUCUACUAUUCCAAGAUGAGCGUCAACGUCCACAGGGUGUGUAUGGCCCUUGAAGAGGCGAAACUGAGCUACAAGACAUACCCCAUUCAAAUCGCCGCACCCAAGCCAGCCUGGUACCUCGAGAAGAUCAACCCAAAGGGCCUCAUACCCGCGAUCACCUACGGCGGCCCCGACGUCCCCGGCGACCAUCCCUCACCCUCCGCCACCGUCAUCACCGAAUCGCCCAUCAUCAUGGAAUUCAUCGCGGACCUCCGCCCGCACGCCGGCCUGCUCCCCGCGGACCCCGUCGCGCGCGCCAAGGUCCGCAUGUUCAUCGACACCGUCAACACGCAGCUCGUGCCCGCGUUUCUGCGCUUCCUCAAGGAGGGCGCGUCGUACGAGCCCGUGCUCGACGGCGUGCGCGCCGUGCAGAGGCUGCUCCCCGAAUACUAUGAGAACGGGAACGGGACGUGGGCGGUCGGCGACACGUUCACGAUCGCCGACAUCGCGGCUGCGCCGUUCGUCGCGCGCGUCAGGCUCCCGGGGAAAUACAGUGUUGGCAAGUACGCCGCGGGCGAGGAAAGACUCCUCCAGGACGCGCUGGAUUCUCCAGAGUUCGCGAGGUUCAAAGCGUACGGUGUGCGCCUGUUCGAGCGCCCGAGCUUCAAGGCGACCUAUGACGAGGACCACAUCGUCAGCGAAUGGAGGAGGCUCCUCGCCUGAUAGUGGCGAAGUUUCGGUCCUUGUUUAUUAUCUUCGUCUGUUGUACUAUUUGUGUUACAGCCUUGUAAGAAUGCCAUCAAUACUUGACUUAGCACUAGCACAAGCUCCGUGCACGCCCAAG